CGUCAAUAGGCCUGCCCCGCAACAGCCAAAUUGAAAAUCGGCCAUUCUAGUGUCACGUCUGACACAAAUUUCCAGGUGGACGCCAAAGGAGUGAUGGUCAUUUCUCUAUACAGCAACUUCAGCUGGGCAGUCCGCAUUCCACGGCAUAAGAGAGCGCAAUGGCGACCGUUUGCGGUGCCUUCCGGCAGUUAACGAGCGCGUGCGUGUCUGCGCCCGAGUCUCCGGCGAGGCUGAAGGCUGGGCGAGCGUCGUCCCUGUCGUCGUCGCGCGAGUUGGCGCUCUUUUCAGUACCCAAUGGCGCGCCCCUGACAUUCACGGGCCCCGCCACGCGCAUCGCGCGUAACAGCCGCACAGGCCUUGGUGGAUACACGUCACUGGAGCAGUUCACACGCUCUGUAGAGAAGAUUUCGACGCUGCCGGUGGCCAGGCUGCGGUCAGACGAGCGCGUGGGCACCAUGUUCAGCUCUAUGGACGCUUUUUUAGGUGUACAAUUGGUGGCCUCAUCACGCCGUGAUUUCCGCGUCUGUGUCAACUUUGUGCUGCCUGGUAGUGACGCCGAGACGCUGGGUAUCCACCCAGCGGCGCUGGUUGUCGCUAUUAACGGCAAAUCCAUGCGUGGUGUGAGUCUACAGCGCGUCCUGAGCACGAUACGACGUGCACUCUGCGCAAACGAGAACAGGAGUGAUGGUACAGCCAUCGAGGUGCCGGAUCUCGGCGACCACAUCGAGAUCGACCUGGCACAGAGAGAACACGAGAUGAAUGUAGACCGCAACCCGUUCGCGCUCACACAGUUCCCGUCGCCGCAGGGCCAUCAUUUACCCGGCGUAAAACAAUUUCGAGACAACCAGGCUGAGGAUCAGAGGCAGGAGCCUAUGCAGAUACAGGAACAGAACUCCCCGACGCUCGGAAGGCAGAGAUCCAGGUCGUUUAAGCACUUUUGGAUGUCGGACAGGUCCAGUAAAGCCUGCUAUGAGUGCGAGCAGCUGUUCACGUUCUUCAGACGGAGACAUCACUGUCGCUCAUGCGGUCAGAUCUUCUGUGCGAAUUGUUGUGCGAGAUUGCCACAGUCAUUUGGAGGCAACAAAGUAGACGAAUCUAUUGAAAGACUGAGGAAGCAAUUGGUGUGCCAUACGUGCCAUAGACAGCUACGAGAAGGACUGCAAAUGGAGCUCACAGGCGCCAAUUUCGAGGAGGAUCCGCAGAAGCCGGCGAGCUCUCCACCUGCACCGACACUGUUACUCAUGCCGCAGCAUAUUGCUGAAGCGAUGGAACGCUCGACGUCAGAUGCGUCCAAUUACAAGCAGCUGGACAAGUCGGAGCUAUUUGACAAGGACGAGAUCAGCGAUGAUAUGCGCGUAAGUGAACCGCCCGAGAAGUCUCGACCGCCCGUUCUAUUUAGUAUGUUCCCGAAGGUUCAAAUCGUUGCAAGUGCACAGCAUUUGGCGCAUCAGCCUCAUUUGCAUGAGUUGACGAAGGAAGUCAAGCAGACUGGCCAUGGUACUGGUCGCAGAUUGAGGACAUUUAGCGAGCCACUGAUACUGUUUGGAAGAAAAGAUGCUCAGCACACGUCGCGAAAGCUCAAGCGCUCCAACAGUCAGGCAGAUUUAUGUAACCCAAGCAAUCAUCGCUGGAGUGCGGCAGAGUUUAAGCGUCUCGUGGCAGAGUCAAACGCUCAGGCUCGACUUGCAGGAGCAUACCCUCCUACCUCAAAUGCUCUGACAACGCGACCUAAAGCCAUGUCUGUGUCAUUUGAAACACCGCGCUUUGGAAACGCUGUUCAGUGGAGCCCAUUCGGCCCCAACAAACUAGCAUCGAAGGAUAGCGGCAUUCUUGCCAUGGUUGGAUUGUCCAAGGAUGUUCACAACGAGGCAGAAGACCCUAAAUGUGUUUCCAGACGUGAAGCGGCUAUGGAGCAAAUGUCAAAAGAUGCUCGCGAUCGCAUCGAAGAGCGUAUAUUUCAUUUGUUGGACAGCUCUCCGGCAGUGUCGCAGUUGUUGAUGGUCGAGCAGCAUAGAUGGAUGCAGAUUAUCAGCUUGUUCGCUCACCGAGCGGCGCUUACUGUAUCCUGCGAGCCGGAUAAAGGUGAUUUGCUGGACAUUAUGCAUUAUGUCCGUGUUCAAUGCUUAGACGGAGGCCGCGUGCAAGAUAGUUUCUUCAUCGACGGCGUUCUCGUUCACAAAAGUUUGGCCCGCAAAGGAAUGAGGAGCGACAUCCUGAACCCGCGUAUCCUUUUGAUCGCCUCAGCUUUAGAUUACCAGCGCAAGAAGGAGGCUAUUUCGUCGUUGGAGAGUGUUGCUGGUCAAGAAGUGGAGUACAUGCAUAUCGUCACGGAGAAAAUCCUGACUCUGAACCCCGAUAUUGUCAUGUUUGAAGGCCACGUGCACCGAGUUGCCGAGGAGUUGCUGUUCAAAGCCAGCGUUUCAGUCGUCAAAAACGUCCGAUUGAUCGACCUGCAGCGUAUUGCUCGCUGCACGGGUGCCUCUGUACUCACAUCGUAUGACCACAUUGACAAAAUGUCAGAUGUUGGGGUUAUCGGUACCUGCAAACGAUUUUACGUUUUACUGAGCGACCAAGAACCGAAAAGUGCGAAGAAAAUUGCUUUUAGAGCCAACGCGGAUGGAUUUUACGUAGCGGAGGACGGCUCUGCAAUUUCCAGGCAGCGGAAAAAGCGCACUCAACGCCAAAACAUCGUGUUCGAAGGAGGCAUCACGUCAAAAGGAUGCACGUUGUGCUUGCGUGGAGGAACACCCGGCGUUUUCACAGAGAUCACCAAUGUGCUGACUGCCAUCAUCCGUGCUGCGUACAAUAUGCGACUUCAGCGGUCUAUGCUGGCAGCUUACGGAUAUAUUGCUCCUAGCCAGAACCAUGAGCGCUCUGUGGCAGAGGAAUGGUUUGCCAAGUCGUCGACGUCCUUGUAUAUCUCGCUCAAGUCUAAUUCUUUGUCGAUGCGUGCCGCUCUGAAGGAGACACAGGCGAUGUGCAAAUGGUGCAAGGCUCAUACUCGGUUCAACAACAUUAGUUCGCUUCGAGUGGUUCGUGGAGCAGACGACGACGACAGCAUCCCAUCAAGCACAACCGUUGUACAGUCCGGUCAUCCCCAUUGGUGCACGUGCGGAGCAAAGUCGUCCAGUUCGCUCAGAGAUCGCAUCCUGUUUUCAACCUGCUGGAGCACGUUGGAGGGUAAAACGGCGUCCAAAGCAGACAUGAUGUGCAUCGACUUCUACAGCUCGAACGACAUGUCGGUUGGCCAAUUCUUCGACAAUUUCUGCUUUUCUAGCAGCAAAACUGAGUUUAAACGCGCGUUCUCGACGUCGAAGCUGUCGUUCUCCCACGAUACGGGCCGUGUGAUCGUGCGCGUGAAGGACUUGACUGAUUUCAAGGACUCGAGUGACCAACUACCCCCAGCUGAAUUCCUUCGGGAGUUCAACUAUCGUGCUGUCCUGCAACGAGUUCGAUCCGAAGACGUGCUGAUGUGGUCGCGCAAUAUGAGUGGCGGGAACCAUUUGUCCUCAGAGUAUACGGUAGUGCCGAGUGACUUGUGGAACUACUCGUUUGGCAAAUUUCUGGAGGAUAUGUUCUAUGGGAAGGCCAUGGACAUCGAUUGCGCCCGCUUUCCCCAUUUGGCUGGUGUGAGUGGGUCACGGGAUUCCUCUUUGGUACAUUAUUUCUCUCGUCGUGGACGAGUUGUCAGUGUUCAUGUGGAGCCUCUCGAACCUGUUCUCCACGUUGCGUUGCAGCCGGCACUCUGGCAGGAACAUAUCGAUCACCAGGUCCAGCUUGAUGCCAUCCAUGAUCUCUGCGAUCUCGUUCGUGAAGUUUACGGCGUCACAACUUCGAAAGUUGCUGAGUCGAUGGCAGAUUUAGUCACACCGCUCCAUGCCAAGCAGAACUUGAAGAUUUUGAGGAAUGAAGUCCAGCAAUGGUAUUCCUGCUUUGGAGCCAAGAUCGAAUCGAAUCCACCGCAAGAUGUAUUUGCGUACAACGCUCACUUUCGGGAAAUUUACGAGUAUGCUGUUGGUUGGAGCUUGCGUAUCACACGAGCUGUGCAGGCCACAGUGAAGCCAACAAUGGCCAGCCUAGUUAAUAGCCCAAAGAGCGCGCUGCCCAAGGCUUGGUUCGACCAGUUAGCACAGCAAGCAGAAUUCAGCGACCGCUACAGUGAGCCCGCUACUCCCAGUGAACUCGAAGCAACGCCAGUGAACAUCAACUUCCAGGAGCCUGGAAACCUAGCGCAUCUCGCGAGCUUUGCCCGCAGCUUGGCUGCUGCAAAGAGCGCUUCUCCAGCGGGCGGAAUGGCUGAAGUUGCCAACGAAGUCGCCAACACGUUGCGACAGAAUGGAACUACCAGCUCGCGACAAUCAGAGCCAUGGGACACAGAUGAAAGCUACGAUCGCUACGAUGAGUCAAGCCACUCGUUUCCCGCUGACUACAAGGCAGAAACGGAGUCUUAUCCAGCAGCUCCCGUGUUUAAACAGUCCGUCUCAGCCUUGGGUGUACCCGGUCAUGUGUCCUCAACGAUGGGGGCGCUUGCGUCCAAGAAAGCACUGGAAAACUUCCGGUUGACGCAACAAGCGAAGAAGCCUGACGGUUUGGGAUACCUGGCACUACCUAAACGUCUUCUCGAGUGGCAUCCUAGUCUGCCGUUGGGUGCCAAUAAGGCUACUGUGCUGGUUAACGCUAAGCAACCGACUUCGGUGGUGGCGUACUCACUGUUCUCGAACGAGUACAGCCAGUGCAUCAGCGAAAAUAUGAGGAAGGAGGCCACCCGAUAUGCUCUCGAGGCUAAGACGAACGGCACGUCGCCACCAAUUGACUGCGUUCAAUCCGACGAGAUCAGGAGCAUGCUGCGCAUUCUGCGCUCCACUACGCGAAACAACGUCGACCACAGUUUUGUGGACGAGAACCAGUUCCAAUCUGCCAUGCGCUUCAGCUGCAAGUCGUAUUAUGCCAUGCAAUUCCACGCGCUUCGAAAAUUAUACUAUGGUGGUGACAGGAACUAUGUGGAAUCUCUUUGCAACUGCCAGCAAUGGAAUGCAGCUGGUGGUAAGUCUGGUGCUGGUUUCCUGAAGACGCGCGAUGAACGCUUCAUCGCGAAGGCCAUCCCGGAGAUUGAACUGCAAAUGUUCUUGAGUAUGGCGAACGAGUACUUCUGCUACAUGGCAAAGACGUUCGAGAACGACUUGUCGUCCAUGCUGUCGAAAGUGCUCGGUAUCUACAAGGUUUCGAUCUCGAACACGACGCAGAGUGGUGAUAGCGAUCCAAACGUACGAAUGUGCGUGAUUGUGAUGGAGAAUCUCAUGUACGGACGCGAAGUGGACUUUUCGUUUGAUCUGAAGGGCAAGAUGGAAGGACGGUACAAAGAAGAUCACAACGGAGAUAGCCGUAGCGUUCUGUGGGAUCGUAAUUUCGUGGAGCUAGCAGGCGGCAUCCCGCUGCCUCUGCAAGAGUCGGCGUUAUCGCUGCUUCUGUCAGCGAUUAUGAACGAUACGACCUUCUUAGCGUCUGUCCAAGCGACAGACUACUCCAUGCUCGUGGGCUACGAUGUGAACAAACAGGAGCUGGUGGCCUGUAUCAUCGACUAUAUUCACAAGUAUGACUUCAUGAAGAUGAUGGAGCACGCUGGUAAACGAUUGAUCCAGGAGGAAGGCGAGAUCACCGUGCUCAAUCCGAAGCACUACCGCAAACGCUUCUGUCUGGCCAUGAACAAGUACUUCGUCACGAUCCCGUCGCGCUACACUAAAGUGACCACUGUUAUCCGAAACACGGCAUCUAACACCACGACGGUCGGCAGUACUGGUACAACUGCCCAAGAGGACGAGAAAGACAGAGACUACGCUCAACCUCCGUACAGCACUAGCACAACUGCCAGUAGCGUGAGCACAAUUGCAUCUGUUGUGGGCACCCACCGCCGUCAGCUCUAAAGGGAACGACAACGUCAAGGCGACGAUAGUAAUUUACACUGUACAAUAGCGCGGCCUGUCAGCGCUGCGAGAGCAGAGCACGACGAUAUGCCGGAAGUCAUACCGACAGGAACAGAUCAUCUAAGUCGACUGACUUAGAAUAUCUUGUAAGGUAAAAUUGAAAAUGCAGUUUCGCAUCUA